AUGGGGAUGAGGAGCCAGGAGCUGCCCGGGUGUGUGGUGGAGUUUCCCUCGAGCCCGCUGGAGCGAGGUGUCGAUGCUAGUGCUGAGAAGGGAGACAAAGUCAACCUGCCUGUGGUGAUACUGCUUGGAUGGGCUGGCUGCAAAGAUAGGUAUCUGGAGAAGUACAGCGCCACCUAUCUACAAAAGGGAUGUGUAGUGAUCCGCUAUACGGCUCCCUGGAGAAUGGUGUUCUUUUCAGAAUCCUUUGGUAUAAAGUCCUUACAGAAAUUGGCUAAGAAGCUGCUGGAGCUCCUCUUUGACUUCAAAGUGGAGACGAAGCCCCUGUUCUUUCAUGUCUUCAGCAAUGGAGGUGUCAUGCUGUACCGUUACAUUGUGGAGCUCCUUCACACUCAACAGCAGUUCCAGCAUUUGAGGGUGGUGGGUACUGUGUUUGACAGUGCUCCUGGCAGGAAGAACCUGUUGGGUGCGCUCCGUGCCCUGUCACUUGUUUUAGCACCAUACAAUAUAUGUGUUAAGUACUCUCUUCUAAUGACAUUUGCAGUCGUGGUGGUGACAUUGCGGAUCAUGCUGUAUCCUGUGACACAUUUUGUACAUGAAAGCCACUAUGAUGCCAUGUUGAAGCAACCCUCUGGAUGGCCUGAGCUCUACCUGUACUCCAGAGCUGAUUCAAUUAUCCUAGCAAGUGAUGUGGAGAACAUGGUAGUGGCUCGACGGCAGCAGCAGGUCUUUGUUAAGGCUGUGGACUUCAUGGACUCUGAUCAUGUCAGCCACAUGCGAGCAUACCCUACUUUAUAUGUGACUCACUGCACCUCCUUCAUGUACAGUUGCAUUGGGAGCACUUAAACUCACUAGGAUGGCCUAUGUCAGCAUGUCCUCUCUUCCACUAAUAUUUUUAUAUUGUAAACCAUUCGUAAUUGCUCUCAAUACAAUUUUGUUCCUGUCCUUUGCCAAUGAAACCAAAUUUCUCAGUACCAGGAUAUCUGCCUAAGCAGUAGCGAGUGGGACUGCAGCAUAAAUGAGGGAACACAUGCAUGUGUUACUUCUUCUUGGCCUUGCAAGUAGACUUUGGAAAGUGCUUUGUGCUGGGCUGUGUCUGCUUACACCUCUGAAUCAAGAAAAACUAAAUACUGUCACCAGUAAAUGUAUAUUUGCUUAUUUUACAUACUGUAACCUGCUUCUGCUUGUUAUGAAGAGCAAGGAGCUACUAGCUAUAUCAGGCACUGAAGUCCUGCCCCUUCCUAAUAUAAAUCUUAUUCUGCUUUCUGUAUUUCUAAGAUUCUAGCAGGCAUAAGCUCUUAAGCAUAUGCAGCCCUGUCCAGACUAAACUUAACCUUCUAUUAGCUGCUUCCUUUGCUGCGUCUCCUUCAUUUCUCCCCCCUUUUUUGCAGCAUUGUCUGUUUUGUGACGAAGCAAAAGCACUUCCUUCCUGUGCUGUUUUAUAGUAGUCCAUAUAGUCCGCCCUGCACACUCAGGUCCUCUGGGGUGAACUUACUUCAGUCAGCUAAAACUAGGCUGGCAUCAGUUUCCCAGAGGACCUUUUCUUCUGUCACCCCCAGAUUGUG